AUGGCAGAGCCUUGCAAUUCUCCACUUAAAUCCGAUGCAAAAUUUGAGGAGAAUGUGAGCAUAAUUGUGACGGUCAACAAUGAAGACGAGAUCACCAUGCACCUACAGCUGAAACCUGCUGCCAAGAGAGUUAGGCUAGGCGUUGAUAUGAAACAACAGUUUUUCGGAAAGACGGGAAAGACAGAGCAGCAAGAACCGCAAAACCCAGUAGAAGACGCAGCACAGUUACAAAUUUCUUUGAAGAAGUCAAAAAAGAGGAAGAAGAGAGGAACACAAUCUUUAAAAGAGAAAAAUUUGACAGGCAAUGAUCACCAACACAAAACAGAAGCGAUUUUUGUUAGUGACGCCCCUGAAGACAAUUCAUCCAACGCGGAGAGUAGAUUCCUCUCUUUGCAGACUCCUGGGCUAAACAUUAAAGGAGAUUUCACAUGUACAUUGACUAGUAACAAGGAAACAACCAAACGACCACUUAUCAAGAAGAGGUCGACCAAUGGUCUGCCUGAUUUGAAUCAGCUUCCUACAGAUCAUGGUAAAUUCACUGAAGACCAACGCAGAGGAAAGAGGCAAAUAUCUCUUCCGCGCCAAACAAAAGAGGACAAAGAGGAAGGCGUGAUUGAACAGCCAAGCAAGAUUGCAUCAAGACGACCCAAUGUGCAAGGACCAUCAAGCUCUUAUUCUGAGCUUUCUUUCGAAAUGGCUCCAGAGGAAUCAGACAAGCAGCAAAAGCAGUGGGGACAGCAGGAGACCACACCUAGGCCUGUUCAAGCAGAAACAACUCUUAAAUUUGCAAGAGAAGAAAAAACUAUUAAUCGAGACAGCCUAGAGAGCGAGCGCGAUGAGCAUAUUACUGAAGAGAUAAGUGCGAUCCCAAAUGUGACAGAAGAAGCAAAACGUAACCAAGAGGAUACCAAAUUACAUGAUACGCAACCAACAGAAAAUUUGGACAUUUCUUCUCUCGACAAAGGAUUCAUAAACACUGAGCUGCCUAAGGCAGACAAAGAAAAUUCACAACCAAGAUCAGACGAAAAUGGACAGCAAAGAGUUCAGACUGCUGAAUACACUCCUAAAAGCAGAGAGCCAGAAGAAGCUGCUAAAACAGUGGUACCACGGGCAUCUGGUUCAAAAACAGAUCCUGAGAGAGAGCCGGAAGCAAUUAAGAGAGAAAAGCACAUAGAUAUAAAUAACAGAGGAAAUAACGAGAGGGACCUUGGCAAUGACGCAAAUCACAGCCAAAAAUUUGAUAACGAAUCGGACCAGGAAGAUAUCCCUGAAUUAUCUACACAAGAAGGAAAUGAACUGGAUGGUGCGAAAAGUGGGAGCGAUGUUCACCAAGAGCCUAAAAUACAGGAUUCAAAAGAGAAGCCUCAAAGGGAUUUCCCAGGAAGCAGCACUCAAGAAUACUCCGCUGCAACUCUACCACUGCAAACUGACAAUAAUAUCAGUCUUCAAAACACGGCGAAGGAAGAGGAAAAUGAAGUUGAUGGUAUUGCUAAAGAGAAAGAAAAACCACACACUCUCGCCAGAGAAAUCAACAACCAAGAGAUUUCCAAACGGAGCCAAACAGAAAUCCUAAAAGACCAAAUACCUGCGAGUACAACUGUGUCUUCACAUUUAGAGAAUCAGACAAGAGUGUCACUAGUUGAACCUUCAACAAACGAGGCUGCUGAUAGUGACAUCAGUUCAAUAGCUCACGAAAGUGAUGAAAUAGCAAGAAGUACAUUGGAGAAUGAUAGUGAAAUGGAUAUUGAGCAGCGUACCCCGAUUUAUGACCAACGGGAAGACGAAUUAGAUAAUUUGGCUCCGCUCUUGUUGGAUUUCUCAGCAGACAGGCAAAACAGUGAGCAGCAUGAAGAGGUCCCGAUUGAACAAAUUAAUGAGCCAAGCUUACCAAAUUUAAAUGCCACACUGCCCAAAGAAAAGUUUGCAGCAAAAACUGAGGUGGAGGAGAAAAGAGAACACGAAAAAGAAAAUUCUACCCCACUAGAUUCAGCAUAUUUUGCAGCUGAAAAUAAGUCACCGGAAAGAGAAGGUCCUGUCAUCCUGAAAUCGCAAGAGCCUUCACUUUCAAGUCCACAAAAUUAUCAUUUAGAGAGGAUUGACCCACCCCUGGAUUUGGACAUUAAAUCUAGUGAGCCUCAGCAAGAAGAGCCGUAUUUCCCUCUAGAGAACGCUGCAAAAGGUGAAUCUGAGGUUAAGUCCACUGACGAAGUUGAAUCAGAGCAAGAUAUUUUGCUGCUGGAUCGAAACACGCAUGAACACAUCCACGAUCAGGAGGUUGGAAUGAGCGAAAAUAUCCAGGAAACGAGUGGAGAACUCUUGCAACAUUCAGAGGAAACAUUUUCUUCCAAUAUAGCAGAAAAUCAAGAGCUGUUGGGAGAAAAUGUAGAAUCCCAGAAAAUCAAUAACAAAACAAGUGACCAGCCUGAGAGCAUUGGAUUGUAUCGCCAAGAAGAAGAUUUGAUAAUCAAAGGUGAACAGACCGAGGAAAACGACAAAAAAGUUCCAUCAUAUUUGUCUGAAUCUUCUGCUGAAUAUUCUAAGACAGUCGACAUAAACAAAGCACUUGCAAUAAAGGAGGAGGACCAAGAAGAGCAAGAAAAAUCUGACACAGAAAUCAUGGCAGAAAAAAUUGCAAGUCCAAUAGUGAUCAAGGACGACAUCAAAGAAAUACAAGAAGAGAUGCAUGAGAACAAAUGCCAAGUUGAGCUGAUAAAGACAGCAGAAAAAGAGGAAGAAAAGGAUGAGAACAGUUUCAAAGAGAAAGAGGUCGUAGAGUCUCAGCAAAUGAACAAUGCAAACAAGGAAAUCGAGUCUGCGCCUCUAGAUUGGCAAAAAAAUGAUAAUCCCAUGGCGGAUAGCGAGGGGAAAAUGAUGGAACAAGAGAGCGUGACCACUGAUAUUAGUCUCAAGGAUAAAAGUGGUAUUGAUUUUCAAUCACAGGAAGUGACAUCCGAGUCAAAACAAGAACCAAUUAUUGUUCCUUUGGUGGUUGACACAGCUCGAAAUGAAACGCAAAAGGUUGUUUUAAAAGUGGAAGAUGAAAUCGAGGAGGAAGGCGAAGUUGAGCUCUUGCAAAUGAAAAUAGACAAAAAAGAAAAUGAUCUUGCAACAUCACCACAACAUAUGAGAUAUGCUUUGAUGGUUCACAAUAUCCAGGAGAAUUUGGAAACCAAAAUAGCACAAGAGUGUCAUGAAAAUGAUACAGAUUCAGUUACUGAGCCGGAAAUCCAUGCAAAAUCGUCGCCACCACAACAUUCAAGAGCUGCUUUAGUGGUGCACAAUAUCCAGGAGAAUUUGGAAACCAAAAAAGCAGAUGACGAGUGUCAUGAAAAUGAUACAGAUUCAGUGAUUGGGCCGGAAAUCCAUGCAACAUCGUUGUCGCCGCCGCCACCACCACCACAACAAUCAAGAGCUGAUUUGGUGGUUGACAAUAUCCAGGAAGAGACAUUGGAAGCCAAAAAUGCAAUAGAUAAUGUUGAAAGUGCUACUGAUUCAGUGACUGAGCCACAUAUCCAUGCAACGUCUCCACAACAACAGCAACAUACAAGCAGUGCUGCUUUGAUAGUUCAUAAGAUCCAGGAGGAGAGUUUGGAAACGACUCAGGCACAAGAAAGUCUUGAAAAUGAUUCUAAUUCGAUGAUUGAGCCACAGAUCCAUGUGUCUCAGGAAGAAAAGGAAAGACCGCCAAAAAAAGAAGAAACUUCUCAGGAAGAAUCAGUUUUGACCAACACCAAAACUUUGGAAAGCGAGGCAAAUGUCGUGACUGAUCAGCAAAACACAGAGGAAGUCUUCAUUGAGCAAGAAACUCCAGCAAAAGAGCAAGUACCCGCAAAGGCACAAGCGGCAGAACCAGUAUUCACACUAAAUAAUUCUCAGAAACCAGUUGAAAAACUGGGAAGUGAGGCUGAAAACGUGAGUGAGCUUUUAUCAAAGGAUUUCUCUGAGGAGAACACCACUAAAGAAACUGCUCAACCUGAGAUGGAGACCAACAUUAUUGAAACAGCAGAAAAUGAAAUCAAGAGAGAGCAGCAACUCAACUACCAAGAGGUACCAAACGUAAAAGACGAUUCAACUAAGGCGUAUCUUCAAAGCAUUGCUCAACCAGUUCAGGGAGAGUCCCGUGAGACUGAAGUGCCAACAAGCCAAGCGCAAAAUUCCCUUAUACAAAGUUUACUUUGGUUCUGCUUCCUCUUUGUGCAAGCCCUGCUCUACUUGAAGUUGGCCGUGUACUUGUACUGCAUAACCUGCGUCUUCUACGCGAAGCAGAUUUUCUUCUACGCCCUGACCAUGAUCCACAUUGCCCUUCACAUGGGGGAAGAAAUGGAGCAGAAGGAACCAAACGCCUGGACGCUUUUUCUAUUGGCGAUUGCCUGGUUUCUAAGUGGACUUUACAUCCAAUAUCUGAUCUCCCUGUUUGGCUGCAUUUACUCCCCGCUCACCUUCAACUACUACAAAAUUCUCCGUGCUUUCAUUUGA